UUGCGAGAGACGAUGGAGUCUCUGUAUUCCAUCUCACCUUCUACGCUUACGUUCCCGUCUCGGCGACGAUGUCCAAACGAUGCAGUGGCGGUGCUUCGUUCGUCGUCGUGCUCACCCGUCGCCUCUCAAGAGCGAAAGCGUUCGGUUUCAACAAUGGUCUCAGCCAAACCAAUUACCAAGCCCAAGCCAACAACAAUAACGACAGAGACAAUAGAAACGACUACAAAGAAGAAGGUUCUGGUUCCAAUUGGCCACGGCACUGAGGAAAUGGAAGCUGUCAUUCUAGUUGAUGUUCUUCGCAGAGCUGGUGCCCAUGUGGUUUUGGCCUCAGUCGAACCGGAGGUCGAGGUUGAAGCAUCUUCUGGGACAAGGUUGGUUGCUGAUGCCUCUAUCUCAACCUGCUUAGACCAGGAUUUCGACCUUAUCGCUUUACCGGGGGGAAUGCCAGGAUCUGCACGACUUAGAGACUGCGAAAUCCUUAGGAAGAUAACAAGCAAACAAGCUGAAGAGAAAAGGUUAUACGGGGCUAUUUGUGCUGCUCCUGCAGUAACUCUUCUGCCCUGGGGACUUCUCAAGAGAAAACAGACAACUUGUCAUCCUGCAUUUAUGGACAAGCUUCCUAGAUUCUGGGCUGUUAAAUCUAAUAUUCAAGUGUCCGGAGAGCUUACAACAAGUCGAGGUCCUGGAACUGCCUUUGUGUUUGCUCUGUCCUUAGUGGAGCAGCUUUUUGGGGAGACUGUAGCCAAAGAAGUUGGAGAAUGGCUGCUACUGCCUGUUGAUGAUGGUCAUCGUAGAAAGGAGGAAUUCAAUACGGUGGAGUGGUCUGUUGACCGUAAUCCUCAGGUUCUUAUUCCAGUUGCAAAUGGGUCUGAAGAGAUUGAAGUUGUCACAGUAGUGGAUAUUUUAAGACGAGCAAAAGUGGAUGUCAUUGUUGCUUCAGUCGAAAAGUCUUUACAGAUCGUGGCAUCUCAAGACACAAAAAUUGUUGCUGACAAAUCCAUCAAUAAUGCUGCUGAGUCAAUCUAUGAUUUGAUCAUUCUUCCGGUGAGAAAGGGAGGAGCUGUUGGAGCUGAGCGGCUGCACAAAUCCAAGGUUCUAAAGAGGUUGCUGAAGGAACAAGAAUCAGCUGGAAGGAUAUAUGGAGCAAUGUGCUCAUCCCCAGUGUUCCUGCAGAAGCAAGGUUUAAUCAAGGAUAAAAGAGCCACAGCUCAUCCAUCAGUUAUAAGCAAGCUUACCAACCAAAUUGUUGAUGGUGCUGGAGUUGUUAUUGACGGUAAACUGAUCACAAGCAGAGGACUAGCCACGGUAACAGAUUUUGCCUUGGCAAUCGUGAGUAAGCUUUAUGGUCAUGCAAGGGCAAGAAGUGUCGCUGAAGGACUUGUUUUUGAGUAUCCAAGAAACUAGAAAGACCUGUCUGCUAGCAUUGUAGAAAAUGGAUAGACAUGUUUUUGGAGAUGCUUCAACUUCCAGAAAGGAAAGUCUUAUAAAGUCCCUGAUGCGGCGAUACCCCAUAACAUACGAAGGAGAAUAACUUAUUGGGGUUGUCAAAAACUGGUUUGGAGCUGUUUAUAAAGUCACAGAAGAUGUUGCUGCUGCUUGGCUUCAAGCUGAUUGAUCUAAGUCUGCAUUAUAAUGUCCCUACACUAAGAUACUGACAUACGGUUCCUUCAACUUGUGCUCACUUUUGACAUGGACACUGGUAUGUUUUUCCACUUGAAUAUAGAUAUGAUGGGUUUCUUCCAUAAUCCAGAAGACACUUAGCCAUAUGGCCAAAAAGAAAAUGAUUGCAGGUAAGAUUAGAAAAUCUUAAGCUUAAUAUUUAUUUAAUAUUGAAUUAACUAUACUAUUCUGAUAUAUCCAAAGGCUUAAUGAAAUCCUUUUCAUACGGAGUUUGAUAUGUGUUUUAGUUCAUUUGGAUUGGUUGAGCUCUUGUGGGGAUAUCUCUUUCAUUGAAAUCCUUUUCAUUCAGUAGUUUGACAUGUGUUGUUUUUUUUAUGCCAGAAAGCAUUUUGGAAGAUCACAUCACACUUCUGAUUCAAGAUGUUCAAGAAAUUUUUUAAGUUUGUCCUGUAAAGCAGGAUUUUGUAGUUGAUCUUCUGUUCUUUUGUCUCUAAGAUCUUGUUGAAGGAAACAAAUUUUAUUUUUCCUUGAAUUGAGCUUUUUUAAGGCUAAUUGUUUGAGAAGGUUGACAUCUCUUUGGAUCGGUUUAUUUCAGAAUUCAACUGUAGCUGUUUGUCCUAGAAUGUUGGCAACUAGACCAUUUGAAUCAACAGAGAAAUUGAUAGAUUAAUGUUAA